AUGCACCUCACCACCCUCAUCUACACCCUGACCAUGCUUGCCAUGACCACCAGCGCCAUUCCUCUGAGUCCCACCAGCCCCAGAAUCGCUGCAGUCGAAGCAUCCAAGACCGGCCCUUCUCCGCUGGCAUCUCCAGCCGUCGCCUCAUCCGCAGCCAAAGCCUCGGCAACCCCCGUCGGAGCUUACCAGUGCCCUCCGAACAAGUAUAAGCGGUGCUGCAUGUCUGUUCAGGAGGGCUCGCGCGAGCUACUUGACAAGGUUGGCGAGCUUGUGCCGACGUUGGGUGGAAUCGCCGUGAGCUCGCAGAUCUCUUUCUCAUGUAAAGCCAUGGCGGAUGAUGUCUCUCCUGACACGUGCAAUGCGAAGGGAUACCUUCCUAUGUGCUGCGACUCGAGCACCUCGGGCAAUGGAAUCUCUCCUGGAUGCAAGCCUUUCGAGGAGGUCAAGGAACAGUACUACUCUUCGUUUGGUGCGGAGCGUCCACAGACACAGGCGGAAUUGAUUAAUGAUGUCCUUUCUUGA